GGAGUACGUGCGGACAAGAUGAGUGAUUUCUUGAAAUCAGCCAUAAACUACUUCAAUGCGACACCUUCGAAUGGAUUGGACAACGAUUUCGUGGGCCAGACGGUGGAGGUGGCUAAUGUGAAGCUGCGUAUCAAACGUGUAAUAGCGGAAGGUGGAUUUGCGUACGUGUACGUGGCACAGGAUGUACAAUCCAACACGGAGUACGCUCUCAAGCGUCUGCUUGGUACAGACAAGGAGGAGUGUAACAACAUAAUACGUGAGAUCAACGUUCACAAGCAGGUGUCUGGUCACCCGAAUGUGGUAAAGUUCGUUGCGGCUACCUUUAUUGAUCGAACACAAAGCACCAAUUCACAGCGCCGGGCGGAAUAUCUUCUCGUGUCGGAACUUUGCAAAGGUGGUUCGCUGUACGACUGUCUUGAGCAGGACCUUGCACCGGAAACUGUGCUGCGGGUGUUUUAUCAGGCCACUAAAGCCGUUGCCCAUCUACACAGUCAAGCGAAGCCGAUCAAUCAUCGCGAUAUAAAGAUUGAAAACUUUCUUAUCGGAAGCGAUGGAUUGCUAAAGCUGUGUGAUUUCGGAUCGGCCUCUACGGAUAGCUACGCACCGGACGUAACAUGGAACGCCCAGCAGCGGGAUACGCUGGAAGAUGCACUAACACGCUGCACGACUCCGAUGUACCGGGCACCUGAACAGCUCGAUACUUGGGCCAACUAUCCGAUCGGCAUUAAGAUGGACGUGUGGGCGCUCGGUUGCAUCUUGUACUGUCUCUGCUACCGAAAGCAUCCGUUCGAGGAUUCGGCCAAACUGCGUAUUAUAAACGCCAACUAUACCAUUCCAGCGAACGAUUCGCGGUACGCCUGCUUUAGUGAAAUAAUUCGUGGAUGUUUACAAAUCGAUCCGAAUCAGCGGUUCGAUACUGCUAUGAUUCUGGAACGGUUGGCUGCAGUCGCGGAGUCUAAAGGAUGGCCGUUGAAGGCACCGCUAGGAUUGCUGGGGAAGCCGUUGAAUUCUCCUCCCGCGGGCAUGACACCGGCACCCAGUCCGAGUCACAAUCGACCGAACGGGGGCGUAGUACCGGAACGUCCUGCACCCCCUCGACCCGUCUGUCCACCCGGUGGUCCCGUACCGGUGUCGAGCGACGGAUCGCUACGAAACAAGUAUCCACAACGUCCUCCGGAUCCGGUUCGUGUGGCACCCACUCCAGUGCAAUCUGGACCGUCGCCAUAUCCAACGCCUCAUACCCAACAGUUUAGUCAACCGGUUCCUCCUGCAAUGGGAGGAGGUGGUGGCCUAUUCUCGUCGAUAAAGGGUGGCGCGGGAAGCUUUUUGAAGAAUCUUAAAGAUACCUCGUCGAAAGUGAUGCAAACGGUUCAGCAAAGCAUUGCCCGAACGGAUCUGGACAUGAGCUACAUUACGCAGCGGAUCAUCGUGAUGCCAUGUCCGUCCGAGGGCAUCGAGUCGACGUACCGCACGAACAACAUCGAGGAUGUAAAGCUGUUCCUGGACAGUCGCUACCAACCGACAAAGCUGAGCGUAUACAAUCUGGUGGGUCGGAACAGUUGUCCACGGUUGCCACCGCCAGUGCGAACGGUAGAUGCCGGUUUCAUAUACGCGCCCGUUCCGCUGCAAAGUGGCAAAGCUCCGAUACUGACCGGGCUUUAUUCGCUCGUAGAAGAUAUUUACGGGUUUCUGAGUGCCGAUCCGAAAACGAUCGUCAUCAUUCAGAGUCCUGACUGUGGCCGUGCGCUGGCGGCGACCGUUGUGUGUGCUUUGCUGAUAUACGCCUCGCUCGUAACGGAACCGGAGGAUGCAAUGCAAAUGUUUGCCAUCAAACGAACACCGCCCAGUUUGCGCGCCUCGGAGCUCCGCUAUCUGUACUAUCUGGGAGACAUUGUUCGUUCGAUACCGCAUCUGCCGCACUACAAGCCGGUAACGCUUGUUUCACUCGCUGUGACCCCGGUGCCGCGCAUGACAAAGGCACGCGACGGUUGCCGGAUGUUUGUGGAGGUAGCUACGGCGGAUCGUACGGUAUUUUGCACGUUGCAGGAUUAUGAACGAAUGCGCCUGUAUCAUACAUCGGAAGGCAAAAUUGCGCUCGCAAUGAAUGUCACCGUGUGCGGCGAUGUUACGAUCAGCUUAUACCAUGCCCGAAACGCACUCGGCGGUAUGGGACGGCCGCAGGGCAUCAAGAUCUGCCAGUUACAGUUUCACACCGGUUUUAUCCCCGAGGAAGAAACGUUGAUCAAUUACGAUCGUGCAGAGUUGGACGAGGUGCCGGAUGUGGAGCAUGUACCGCAAAAGUUUAGCGUAGCUCUAAGUGUAUUCGUGGGAGAUUCGGAACGCCCACCGUCAGCAAAUCCACCUUGGAACACGGCGAAAGCGUCGCGCGAUCCUCGCAUCCUGUUCGCUUCUCAGCUCGAGUAUGAAGAGAACGUUGAUAACUUCGUUACGAAACCUAGCAGCAAGGGAAGCGCAGAAUCGGUAGUACCACAUAAACCUCCUCCGCCACGACCGGCACCUCCAUCACCACAGCCGGCGCAUCGAGUGUUGGGUGACGAUGCGUCCCGGAUGACAAUGUCCGGUACUCCACCGACCACCGUCGGUAUGGAGGAACGUGAGGCUGAUCUUUUAAAUCUAAACAAAUCUAGUCAAGCAAGGCAAGCGCCGGAAGAUUCACGGCCGGUUCCAAACAUCGAAGAAAGUUACGAUCUUCUUGGUGGGCUUUCGCCCCCAGUCGUCCCGGGGCAAAGGGGCAGUGAAGCGGCGGUACAAGGUGGCCGAAGUACGACAACGACAGCCGUACUGGAUGAUAUAUUCGGAACGCUCGACGAUACAACGGUGCCAAGUGGGGGCACCACCCUACCCAGUACCAAGUCCAGCAGUGAUUUAAAUGGGCUCAAUCUUAACUUUGAUCACUUUGGUGGUGUAGCGCAACCAGCCAGUGGAGCUCCUUUCACGAACGGUACUGGUCAAUCGGACGCGUCGGCAAACAAUGCCAACAAUAGCUUUGGUUUCGAUGCAUUUGCUGGGGUGGCUCCACAAUCGAUCUACAAUAGUGCUGCACCGGUGGUACAACCUACGGCAACGAUCCCACAGCAGCAACCUUCAUCGAAUAGUGCGGCAUCGAAAGAUCCUUUCGCAGACAUAGGAAAUUUGGCGGCAGGUCUCGGGGCAGGUGCCAGUGGUGGUGUUGGUGGAGGUGCUGCGGCUGGUGGUUCUGCCGGUGUUCCCAGCGGUUGGGGUGGUAAACCGGGAACUACUCCCAGCCCUCGUUCUACACAUUUCUCCAGUCCGACACAUCAGUUCAGUGGGGCUAGCACGGCUAACCCAUCGCCGAGGGCACCAUCUACACCAAAUCACCAAAUGCGUAGUCCGAAUGAUCCUACUCAACCGCAGGCACGCCCCGACUAUAGUCGCUCCCAUUUUGAACCGUCGAAAAAUGGAAGCAAUGGAAAUGCAAAGGAUGCACCGGGUGGUGGUGGUGGUGGCGGACUGCGGUCGGGGGACAUUUUUGGCGACAUUCUUGGCCAGCAAGGGUACUCGUUCGGUAGUACCAAAAAUCAAGGACCGCGAACGAUGAACGAUAUGCGCAAAGAGGAGCUAGUAAAGGAGAUGGACCCGGAUAGGGUGAAACUGAUGGAAUGGACUGAAGGUAAAAAGAAUAAUAUUCGUGCGUUACUUUGCACCGUCCAUACCGUGCUAUGGCCCGGCGCUAAGUGGACAAAGUGUGAAAUGCAUCAACUGGUGUCGGCAGCAGAUGUGAAGAAAAUUUACCGCAAAGCCUGUCUCGCCGUACAUCCCGACAAGCACACUGGUACGGAGAAUGAAAGUAUGGCUAAAAUGAUAUUCAUGGAGCUGAACAACGCGUGGACUGAGUUCGAAAGUGAUGCUAGCCAGCAGAAUCUAUUCUCCAACUAAGCAUCAACAUGCUCUAAC